UUUCAUAAUUGAGUGGUCUCUGUUCGAGAGGAGAGAGUAGUCAUCCAAAAAUCGAUCUGAAGCGAGCAGUGGUCUGUGAACUCGAGCUGUGAGAGUGCUGAGACUGUUUGGUUGAUAUCUCGAGUUUUACCAAUCCAAUUAAGGCGUGUGAGAUACCAAAAGAAAGCUCUCAAGACGAGGAAUCCGUGAAGGUCUGGUUUGCAUCAAUCGGAGUAGAGGAAGGCUUCCAAAUCGUCCGAGCAGAACGCGACCUCGCAGGGACGGAUUUACUCUUCUAAGAAUCGAGUUAGCCGGAAAACACCCGUUCUAGGGGCUGUUUUCGUAUCAACGAUUAGGAGUUGAAAUAGCAACUUGAGGAAGCUGUUUAACACCCAUUUUCAAGCAAGGAACCAGCUCUCAAUAUUCCUUGGCCGAGGCUUUGGUCAUUGGAUCGAGAAGGAAGGUUUUAAAGCUCAUUUGAGGUUGAGGCUAGAGCUUGCUUCCUGUGCUCGUUGCUCGAGAGAUCAUCUAGGAGCGAAGACUUGGUUCGUGCUUCCUCCAUUCGGGUUUUAAACAUUAAUAAACAUGCUCAUGGAUAUUUUACUAUAGAGCCUGCGUGCUCAUGAAUAGCCCGGUGUGGCCUUUUGUUUUAAACAAUGUUUUCCGCUGCGUUAUGAAUUACUUAUUAUGUUUUGUUUAUGGAUGUAUAUGUGUGAAUGAUAUUCAAGACGCCUUGUAUAUUAUGAAUGUGUUGAACUGCGGUUGACUAUUCAUAUUGUACGGCGGGUUGUUGACGUGUCCGGAUAGGUCCGGGGCGUGACACUAUGAACUGUGGAAAGGAAGCAAACCCAACAUCAGCUACUUUCACAUUUUUGGAUGCAAAUGCUACAUCCUCAACAAUGGAAAAGAACAUCUAAAGGUCUUUCAAGAGAAAGCUGAUGAAGGUGUGUUUAUAGGCUAUUCGAGCAUGAGCAAAGCCUAUAGAGUGUUGAAUAAGAGAACCUUGCAAGUUGAAGAAUCCAUUCAUGUCAAGUUUGAUGACAACACCUCUGCUGAAGAAAUAUCAGAAACCCUGAAGAAAACCAAUCUAGAAGACAAGACUUCAGAACCAUCAGAAGUAGUCACAGUUAACCCUGUGUUCUCAACUCCUGCUGCUAAUCCACUUCUGAUAGACAAAGAUGAAGAUGAAGAUGAAGAAUCAGAAGAUGAACAACCAGAGUUGUCCCGACAACAAUUGUCUGAACCUGAUCUAACUUGGUUAAGAGAUCAUCCUCCUAAUCAAGUGAUUGGACAAAUCUCUAAAGGUGUUCAAACCAGAUCAUCAUCCAGAAGAGAAGCCAUGUUCACCUGCUGCAUAUCUCAAAUGGAACCAAUGAAUGUAGAUGAAGCUCUAGAAGAUUCAGACUGGAUCAAUGCAAUGCAAGAAGAGCUCACACAGUUUGAGAGGAAUCAAGUAUGGGAACUUGUUCCUAGACCAAAGCAUCAGAAUGUCAUUGGAACCAAGUGGGUAUUCAAGAACAAAGCAGAUGAAGAAGGCAACAUUGUAAGGAAUAAAGCAAGGCUAGUAGCAAAGGGAUACUGCCAAGAGGAAGGCAUAGAUUUUGAUGAGACCUUUGCACCUGUUGCAAGACUGGAAGCAAUCAGAAUCUUCCUAGCCUAUGCUGCCUACAAUGACAUCAAAGUCUACCAGAUGGAUGUCAAGAGUGCAUUUCUGAAUGGAGAACUUGAAGAGGAAGUUUAUGUGGAACAACCUCUAGGUUUUGUCAUUCCUACCCAGUCCUCUUGUGUCUACAAGCUUAGGAAGGCCCUUUAUGGUCUUAAGCAAGCUCCCAGAGCUUGGUAUGACACAUUGUCCCUAUUCUUAGUGAAUCAUGGGUUUACUAAAGGAAAGGUUGACAGGACUUUAUUUCAGAUUUCAGUUGCUAAUCAUAUUCUGUUAGUGCAAAUUUAUGUUGAUGAUAUUAUAUUUGGAAGCACUAAUCCAGAAUUAUGCAAGAAGUUUUCUCAAGUUAUGCAGAAAAAGUUUGAGAUGAGUAUGAUGGGAGAACUAAGCUACUUCCUUGGAUUGCAAGUCAAGCAAGUUCCAGAAGGAAUCUUUAUCAACCAAGGGAAGUACACCAGAGAUCUAAUCAAGAAGUUUGGAAUAGAUGGGAAGUCCUCAGUCAAGACUCCCAUGAAUGCAUCUCAAGGAAUUGGACCAGAUGAUGAAGGAAAGGAUGUUGAUGCAACAACAUAUAGAGGAAUCAUUGGAUCUCUCCUCUACCUAACUGCAAGUAGACCAGACAUAGCAUUUGCUGUAGGAAUCUGUGCCAGAUACCAAUCAAAGCCCAAGGAGAGCCAUUUGGUUGCUGCUAAGAAGAUCAUCAGAUAUAUCAAAGGAAAUCCAAAUGCAGGCCUAUGGUAUCCCAAGGGAGGUAACUUUGAACUAAUUGGUUACUCUGACUCAGAUUUUGCAGGUUGCAGAUUAGACAGGAAGAGCACCUCUGGUCAUUGCCAAUUGCUAGGUGGGAGACUUGUCUCCUGGUUUAGCAAAAAGCAAAAUUCCAUCUCAACUAACACUGCUGAAGCUGAAUAUAUUGCUGCUGGAAGCUGCUGUGCUCAAUUACUUUGGAUGAAGCAACAACUCAAGGAUUAUGGUGUUCAAGCAAAGGAGAUCAAGCUUCUCUGUGACAAUACAAGUGCUAUUGCCAUCACUCAGAAUCCAGUGCUGCACUCAAGAACCAAGCACAUUGAGAUCAGACAUCACUUCAUCAGAGAUCAUGUGGAAAAGAAGCACAUUUCAAUUGAGCAUGUUCCAACUGAAGACCAGCUUGCAGAUAUCCUAACCAAACCUCUCUCUGAGGCAAGGUUCAACAAACUAAGAGAAGAGCUGGGGAUGAUGGAUGAUCUUCCCAGAGAUGCGUGAAUCAGAGUUGCUGAAGGAUCAGAGUUGGUCUCCAUCAGAGGACCUCGUAUCAGAAUACCCCUUCUCUGAUACAUGAGCGGCUAUUCAUCAGAGUGGCUGUGGACUUAGAAAAUUUUCUGAAAUUUGGGGGAACUCAUUUAAAUGGACCGGAUUUUACUAUUUUACCCCCGGUAGUUAUUUCCAUAAUCGAAAACGGCUUUCCGCCCACAAUCCAUUAAAUGCGACCUCGAAACCCCAAAUUAUACCAAACGUCCACUAACCCAAAUCAAUUUAUACCCCAAUCUCAUAACCUAAACCGCCAUUGCAUUUCAUCUCUCUUCGACUUCAAGCUCUCAGAACUUCCAAAUCCUC